GCCCCUACGCUCCGCAUUUUCGGUAAAGCAUCCGCAUAUCCGAUGGAUAAGCCGAUGCGGGAGGUCUUUGUGCCUGGACCCUCGGCCACAUCUCGAAUGGGUCACUAACAGUUUCUACAAAGACCGACAUCAACGACGAGUACUCUUUGCCCGAUAUUACAGUCGUGUCAAGCCAGUCAUUCUGCCAGUAAUAACUCCGAUCAUUCUUCCAAAAAAAAUCUACAGCGCACAAUCAUGGGCAGCAUUGGUACGCCGUCCUUUACGGACGAGAACGCGCAUCUCGACCACGAUGUCAUCAUAAUUGGAGCUGGCCUCAGUGGAAUAUACUCACUAUACCGCAUGCGACAACUUGGCCUACGUGCCAAAGUCCUCGAAGCUGGCUCCGGAGAAGGUGGCACUUGGUUCUGGAACCGAUAUCCUGGAGCCAGAUUUGAUUCAGAGAGUUACUCAUACAAUUUUUCAUUUUCACAAGAGGUUUUGGACGAAUGGAACUGGACAGAGCAUUUCGCUCCCCAGUCGGAGACACUAAAGUACUGUCAAUUUCUUACCGAGAAGUUUGAUCUACGGCGAGAUAUGCAAUUCAACACCAGAGUCAAGUCUGCACAUUAUCAAGAAUCUGAUCGAUCAUGGCUCUUCGUCGACUCGAAUGGCCGCAAAUAUACCUCCAGGUUCCUGGUGACUUGCAUGGGUAUUCUGAACGAGCCAACAUAUCCUGACAUCCCCGGCGUGUAUGACUUCAAAGGCGAAUCGUUCCACACUGCCCGAUGGCCCGACAAUGUCUCACUAGAAGGCAAGCGAGUAGGAAUUAUCGGCACUGGUGCGACUGGUAUUCAGACCAUUCAGGAGAUCGUCAAGACAGUCGGUCAUCUCACGGUGUUCCAGCGGACAGCAAACUGGUCAGCACCUCUUCACAACGCCAAGAUUUCCCCAGAGGAAAUGAAUGAGAUCCGUGCGCGAUAUCCUGAGAUCUUUAAACUUUGCAACGAAUCAUAUUCAUGUUUCAUUCACGGCGCCGACACACGAAAGACUCUCGACGUUCCUGAACCCGAGCGACUAGCUUUCUGGGAGCUCCUUUACUCCCGACCCGGUUUCGCCAAAUGGCUCAGCAACUUCGGCGACAUCAACACCGACAAGGACGCCAACAAGGCGUUCAGCGACUUUAUCGCCAACAAGAUCCGCCAGCGCGUCAAAGACCCCGCCACAGCGGAGAAGCUCAUCCCAAAGAACCACGGGUUUGGGACAAGACGUGUACCUCUGGAGACAUUCUACUUCGAAGUCUUUAAUCAGCCAAACGUCCGACUAGUCGACAUCACCGAAAAUCCAAUCCAGCAGAUAAACGAGCACGGCAUCAAAACCCGAGAUGAGCAAGUCGAUCUUGACGUCCUGAUCUACGCCACUGGCUUCGAUGCCGUCACUGGUGCGUUUACCGCAGUUGAUUUCCAGGGAGUUGGCGGCCAAAAACUAUCCGACACAUGGGGCGAAGGACCGAAAACACAGUUGGGCUUGCUUGUGCACAAUUUCCCCAACAUGAUGAUGGUUAUGGGUCCGCAUCAGAUGUUCGGCAAUAUCCCACGGAGUAUCGAGUACGCUGUGGGCUGGAUCUCCGAGUGCAUUGGAUACUGUGCGGAUCACAACAUCACGCGUAUCGAAGCUACGGAAAAUGGUGUCGAGCAGUGGACGGACCAUGUACACCAAUGUGGACAGGGUCUGCUGGCCAACGAGGUUGACUCGUGGAUGACGGGUAUCAACAAGAACCUCAAGCAUAAGCAAAAGCGCAUCAUUGCGAGAUAUUGGGGUUCGGCACCAGGGUAUCGGAAGAUCUGCUCGGAGGUUGCUGCGGGCGGAUAUACAGAAUUUAAGUUGAAUUGAUUGUGCCAUGGCGUCUGGUAAAUGGUAUCUAGCAUGGUCUUUGUGGUCGGCGGUGACAG